UUUCCUCAUUGGCGCACACCUCCUCAUACUUCUCUAAUUUGACUUUCUCGGCUGAAGUGAAAGGUCCUAGAUGGAGAUGAUUGACAAUGCUCUUUAUUCUGCAUUAGAAUUGUCUGCUGUACCCCAAGCCCAGAAUGACUACAGACCACAGCAAAAUGCUUCUUCUUCCAGGUGCUCUUUCUUUCGCCACCGUACGACAAUAGCUUCGGGGCUUCUGAGUGCCGUUGUUGUGAGUGGGCUGCUGUGCAUGUGGACUCUGUGCCGGAGUUCCAAGCACACCACUUGUGCCAGCUGUCCUAGCUGCCCAGACUUCUGGAUGGGGUAUGGUGACCAUUGUUAUUACUUCUCAAUGGAGAAAAAGGACUGGAAUUCUAGUCUGGAAUUCUGCCUAGCCAAAGGCUCACAACUCCUUAUGUUUACAGACAACCAGGAAAUGAACCUGUUCCAAAGUUUCUUGGAUAAAGACUUUUACUGGAUUGGUCUCAGGAACAAUUCUGGCUGGAGGUGGGAAGAUGGAUCAGCCUUAAACUUCUCAAGGAUUCUUUCAAACAGCCUGAUACAGAAGUGUGGUACCAUUGGCAAAGAUGGUCUCCAGGCCUCUAGCUGUGAAGUUUCUUUACAGUGGGCCUGUAAGAAGGUCAGACUUUGAUAGAGUCUCAGAUCUGUCACUAAAAAGAGGGAGCCACCUCUGGGAGACCCAUGGAUGGCCAUGAGUGUAUAUUUAGUGAAUGCUGAACCUUCUAGGAUAUGCCACUAGAUGUAAGAUUAAUGCAACUUCCUGGGAUUAAUGGUUUAUUGCUGUGUGCUCUUUGAGAGUAGUUAGAUAUUAUCUUAGCAAAUGCAUACAGUUUGUUUUUAAUAUUUCUCAUUCAGGUGACUAAUGCUGCUUUCUUCAUCUCCACAUCCACCAUUUUGUCAAAAAUUUAUCUCUUGUGUAUGUUAUUUUCUGAGCUGAUCUGAUGAAAUCUGUGCAAAUAUGUACUAUAGCUAAUGUUCUAGAGAGUUUUUAUGUGUGCUAGUGGGUUGACAUGUUACUUUUCCCUGGUAAUAUAUUUUUAUGUCAAGAGUGGCCUUUUGCAGAUAAAGCUUUAUUCUAAAGAAUAAUGCUAAAGAGGAUGAGAACAGGGUGGGGCUUUCUUCACACUUACUUAAAGACCCACCUUGACCUAAUUUAGUCUUGUUGAGUAUGCAUAAACCAAUAUGUGACUAUAUUUUCCAUGCUGUAAGUAUAUGAUUUGUAUGUUAAUUUACCACAGUGGUCUAUAUGAUAAGCCAUUUUUAUAGAAGAAAAUUUAUAGAAGCAGUUUAGGUGGUUGAUUCUUGAAUCAUUUUAUGCACAGGUGCCUCAAAAUUGAGAAAAAAGUUAUUAUUUUUUUCUUAGUAGGAUUUAGACAUAAAUAAGUGAGAAGAUGCUGUUUAAAGAUAUAGAAGUGAGUAAGGAGGGAGACCACAACCCUGUACUGCUGAUGACACUGUAUUGUAAUCUGCUUACUUGUCUUUCUCUUUGUAGUUUUUUAGGAUGUGGACUCUAUCUUAUCCACCAUUGUAUCCCAAACACCUACAACAGCGUUUGUAUCAGUGAAUAUUUAAAUAAAGAAAUUAAUUUUAAAAUAAAGAGAAAUUAAAAAAUUCUUAUUCACUGUGGCCUAGUGGCUUAGUUAGUUGGAGCGUUGUCCUGUACACCAAGAGUUGCGUGUUUAGUCCCUAGUCAGGCACCUGUGGGAGGCAACCAAUAGAUGUUUAUCUCUCUCUCUGUCUUUUUCUCUCUCUAAAAUCAAUAAAAAAUAUCCCUGGUUAAAACGUAAAAAUUUAAGUAUAUUUUAUUGAUUAUGCUAUUAUAGUUUUUCCAAUUUUUUCUCCCCUUUAUCCCCCUCUGCCUUCAUCCCCCCUCCAUCCAUCAUCCCCCCCAUCCUUAGUUCAUGUCCAAGGGUUAUACAUAUAAGUUCUUUGGCUUCUCUAUUUCCUAUACUAUUCUUAACAUCCCACUGUCUAUUUUUUGCUUACCAAUUAUGCUUCUUAUUCCCUGUACCUUUCCCCUCAUUCUCCCUCACCCCACCCCCACUUUUAACCCUUUAUGUGAUUUCCAUUUAUGUGAUUUUGUUCUUGUUCCAGCUGUUUGCUUAUUUUUUGUUUUUUGGGUUUAGUUGUUGAUAAUUGUGAGUUUGUUGUCAUAUUAAAGUUCAUAGUUUUGAUCUCCUUUUUCUUAGAUAAAUCCCUUUAACAUUUCAUAUAAUAAGGGCUUGGUGAUGAUGAACUCCUUUAACUUGACCUUAUCUGGGAAGCACUUUAUCUGCCCUUCCAUUCUAAAUGAUAGCUUUCCUAGAUAGAGUAAUCUUGGAUGUAGUUCCUUGCCUUUCAUGACUUUGAAUACUUCUUUCCAGCCCCUUCUUGCCUGGACUGUAAGGUUUCUUUUGAGAAAGCAGCUGAUAGUCCUUUGUAGGUAACUCUGCCCUUUCCUCUUGUUGCUUUUAAGAUUUUCUCCUUAUCUUUAAUCUUGGGUAACUUAAUUAUUUUGUGUCUUGGUGUGUUUAUUCUUGGAUCCAACUUGUUUGGGACUCUCCGAGUGUCCUGGACUUACAUAUCUAGUUCCUUCACCAGAUUGGGGAAGUAUUCCUUCAUCAUAUGUUCAAAUAAGUUUUCAUUUUCUUGCUCUUCCUCUUUUUCUUCUGGCACCCCUAUGAUUUGGGUGUUGGGACAUUUAAAGUUGUCCCAGAGGUUCCUAAGCCUCUCCUGAUUUUUUUGAAUUCUUGUUUCUUCAUUCUGUUCCAGUUGAAUGUUCAUUUCUUCCUUUUGUUCCUAAUUAUUGAUUUGAGUCCUGGUUUUUUUCCCUUCACUGUUCGUUCCCUGUAUAUUUCCCUUUAUUUUGCUUUGUAUAGCCUUCAUUUCUUCCUUUAUUUUGUGAGCAUCAUUUUUGCGACCAUUAUUUUACUCAAUCAUUUCUGUGAGCAUCCUGAUUACCAGUGUUUUGAACUCUGCACCUGGUAGGUUGUCUGUCUCCUCACCAAUUAGUUCUUUUUCUGGAGUUUUGAUCUGUUGUUUCAUUUGCGCCAUAUUUCUGUGUCUUGUUGCACCUGUUAUGUUGUAAGGGGCAGAGCCUUAGGUAUUUGCUGGUGUGGGGCAACACACUUUGCUGUGUUGUGGUGUUGUUUGUGGGGGAGGGGUUAGAACAAUAUCACUUGCUGGGUUGCUUGGUCCUCACCCCACUUUCUGUCAUUUCCCUUGCUUCCCACAAGCAGAUUGUGUCCUUUCAGGUGCUAAUUCCCAGGUGGGUGGUUUUGUAUAUGUUCUAGGACCUUGUGGGUUUCUCCAACUAAGUCUCUUGUGAGGCUGGGAGUUUCUCCCACCACCUCAACCCCCACAGGUUUUUACAGCCAGAGGUUUUGAGGCUUUAUUUCCCUGCUGGAACCCUGGGUCACGUAGUCUGUCUUGCUCCUCUGUUGUUCCUCCCGGCUUAUCUGCCUGUGAAUGCAGGAUGGCCCAGUUCACCAGCUGCAGCCUUGCUAUGUGUCCUCUCCACCCUGGCUUCCUGACUCCACCUGUCCUACCAGCCUAGA